CAGGAGAUGACUGCAACCACCCUCACUUCUCCACUGAGCCUCAUUAGUGUAGAGGCAAAGGGACUGUGUGGGCACAGCUCCGCUAAACAAUGGACUGAUGCGGACACAUGGAUCGGCGCUUCUUACAAGACCCGCGCGUACAUAAGUUGGGUUGGAGACUUUGCGCGCAGUCAGACACAUCAGUUAUUGUGAUAGAAAGCCUGCUAUGGAGCAAGCCGUGAGUCAAAAUGAGUUUGAGCACUGACGAUGUAACAAAGUUUUGGAAAAAUGGUUCCUCGGAACUCGAGUGGGAGUCUAUGCAGGUCAACUUCACCAACAGCUCCGGGAGGAACCACACCGGGCCAGGCGAGCUGGACCUCAUCCGCGCCGUCCUGCUCGGCUUGGUGCUCGGGGCUUUCAUCGUGUUUGCCAUCGUGGGCAACAUCCUAGUCAUUCUGUCCGUGGUGUGCAACAGGCACCUGCGGACUCCGACCAACUACUUCAUCCUCAACCUGGCCAUGGCCGACCUGCUGCUGGGCACCACGGUGCUGCCGGUGUCCGCCACCCUGGAGAUCCUGGACUACUGGGUGUUCGGCCGAAUUUUCUGCGAUAUAUGGGCCGCGCUGGACGUACUGUGUUGCACAGCGUCCAUCAUGAGCCUGUGCGUAAUAUCCAUCGACCGCUACAUCGGAGUGAGCCACCCGCUGCAGUAUCCAGGUAUAGUGACGGAGAAGCGGGCUCUGUUGGCAAUGCUGGGGGUUUGGGUGCUGUCGGUGGUCAUCUCCAUCGGACCUCUUUUCGGUUGGAAGCAGCCGCCGGCGCCGGACGACACGGUGUGCCUCAUUACAGAGGAGCCGUUUUACGCACUCUUCUCCUCCCUCGGCUCCUUCUACAUCCCGCUCGCCGUGAUCCUGGCCAUGUACUGCCGCGUCUACAUCGUUGCCAAAAGGACCACCAAGAACUUGGAGGCGGGCGUGAUGCGGGAGAGGAUGGACACCAACGAGCUGACCCUCAGGAUCCACAAGGGCUCUCAGGUGCAUGAGGACCCCGGCGCGCCAGGCGCCGGGAAAGGCCGUGCGCACCAGGCCAGGAGUUCCCUCACUGUGAAGCUGCUCAAAUUUUCCCGAGAAAAGAAGGCAGCUAAAACUCUGGGAGUUGUGGUGGGAAUGUUCGUCCUGUGCUGGCUGCCUUUCUUCCUGGCCUUACCUAUAGGGUCUUUCAAUGUCCACCUGCGACCACCUGAGACCCUCUUCAAAGUCAUCUUCUGGCUCGGCUACUUCAACAGCUGCCUGAAUCCCAUCAUCUACCCUUGCUACAGCCGCGAGUUCAAGCUGGCCUUCAUCCAGAUCCUGAGGUGCCACUGUCACCACCACAGACGCCCUGGAUGGAGGUCCUACAACUACCGUUCGUCCACCUUCCGUUCCUCUGGAAACUCCCGGAAAAGCUCUGCGGAUCACACCUCCGGCUGGCUGAACGGGAGCCAGCGCACCCUGCCAUCCUCUGCCACCCCCAGCCCCAGCUACCUGAGCAAGGGUCUCCCUCCGUGCCCAGAGGGGGAAACUUUGUACAUUUGGGGAGCCACCACUUUGGCCCCUUCCACACCUAACCUGCUGCCUGGCAGCCCAACAGGCUGCAGGAAAGGAACCCUUAGAGGGGACAGCAGAGAGGGGAAAAUGGCUGAGGGGACCGCUGGAGGUGUGUUUUCUUUCACGUUUGGAAACAUUAAAGACAAACGAGGAAUCAACAGGGACAUUAUGGGGCAUGAUGACAAUGUGUAACAGCUGGCAGCUUCUGAUUCAUUGCUGUUAGGGAGUAAAGGUUUUACAGGUUCCACUGUACGUGGUUUGUGAUGGUGAAACAGUCAGUGGCAUGUCUUUAGUGAUCAGUGUGAGGUGAAAAUAUGUUCAUUUACUCUUUAUAUCUCUUUGUAAUUUAAAAAGGGUUCUUCUCAGUGAGCUGUGACCACAAAAAAGACAAUCAAACCUACUUGUAUGCUGCCCUCUAUGGGUCAUAAAGAGACCUGCAUGUUCUUUGGAGUAACCUGAAUUGAACUAAAUUCACUCCAAACCUUCAAAUGUUUGAACUUAGACUAGAUUACCUUCCUGUAAAAAUACUGAACAUGAUUUAUUAAAAAAAAAAAAAAAUGGGCCUCUUGUAAUACAAAGAGUGAUGAGGCAUAGGAUUACCUCUCUGUCGCAGUUCUCUGAUAUCCUUGUGGUAUUUUGUGAAGGUAGUAAAUAAAGUAUUAUCUGUAUGUUUCUGAUGUGCGCACAAUCUUCAAAUAUAUUGUAAGUGUGUAUGUAGAGAUGUGAUGGAAAAAUAAAAACAUAGAAUUCAAA